AUGCAAAAGCGGGUACCAGACCUAGUUCAUCUAAGGGUGGGUCAAAAGGUAAAUCCAAGGACACCCCUGUUUUGUUUGCUAGAUCGUGAAAACCACAGGGUUUAUGAAUUCUUCACUUCGAACAAAUGCCAAAUCAAAUCAACAAAAUUCCUUCAUAGAGAAUCUUUUGUAUCUCUCGGAGUGCUCGAAGGGGUUCAAGCACUAUUUGACAACAUCAGAUGGGGCCAAUUCAUUCAUAAUCAUGCGGCAACUUACAUUGAACCAACCCUAGAAUUACUUUCCACAUUCAAGCCUUAUGAUGAAUCGAGAGUCGUAACUUUUCAAAUGUUAGGAGAAAAUCGGACAUUUCCAUAUCGGGUUGUGAACUCUCUAAUGGGUACCCCGGUGGACCAUACGUAUGCCCAUCAAGAUCCUUGGCCCGAAGCAUUUAAUGAGCACUACUUUUGGCGAAAAAUUACCCAUGAACCACGAAUGUUAAUCAUCCGUGACUCGAUCGAUGGUCACAUAUGGAAUCUUGAUGGUAAACCAUACCUCAUUCUCCCUCAUGAGUAUAUCGGGUCACUCGAACCAAACGACCCCGAGCAAUGGGUCAUUCCAUUCGAUUACCCUCCACCUAUUGAUCAAGCUGAUGACCAUUUUCAGCCUCCUCCAUAA